AGGCUUGGCACUCUAUCCACUGGGUGCUUUCCUCCUAAUACCCCACCCCUCAAGAAAGACAGUGAAAAUACCCAUUUUCCUAUUCUUUUCUGGAGAAGGGAAGUGACUUGCCCAAGAUGGAGGAGUGUCAGAGGCAGACCUGGACCCUCGGCCUCCCAAUUCCCACCAAAACUUAGUGUCUUUCCACACUUGUGUGUGGCACCCACCAGUGCUUGGCUGAGUAUGUUCAGGCUAAAGGGGUUGGUGGGCGGGAGGGAAAGCAAGGAAGGCGGCGGAGUGGGAUCUCCUCCUGCUCCGAGACAGUUAAAGGAAGCAGAGCGAGGAGGGCCCUCCCUCCAGCUGUUCUCUCUCAGCCUCCCCCAAGCCUCGUACUGCACAUCUGCUGGGGUCACGUGACGCGGCAGCUGCUGGCCCCUCUGCUUCCCUUCCCCUCCCCUCCCCUGCCUGGGGUCCUUCCCCUGCCAACGUUGCACUCGCAGGCCCCAGCGAGGCGCUGGGGCUGCCCGGGCUCCGUAUGCCGGUCCGCGGCAGGGACCCAGAUGCGGGAGGCAGGAGGGGCCGCGGCUGUCCCGGGGGAGGUCGAGGGAAGGCCAGGGGCUGGGGCCUGACUCCAGAGCCCGUCGUGAGUACACUGGAACGAGUCACCAGCUCAGCCGCAGUUUCUCCCCGAGGCUCAUCGCUUCCCCCCUGGUUUGUUGGGGGUUCGCUGACCCACACAUUCAAAGAUUUCUGGAGCUGAGACUAGGAUCGGGUUGCUCCUUCCACGGGAUUCACUGUCGUCUGCGCCUUCACUACCGCCUGGUCUCGGACUCCCCGGUGCCUCAAAGCUUCAGGCAGCCGUGUGGGUGCGGAGCUGUCCCGCCGAGUCCCACGGCCACCCCAGGGCUCGGAAUUCCAGAAAAAAAGGAAGCAGCUCCGGGCGGUGGUGGUGCUGGUAGCGAGGGGCUUUAGGGCUUGGGCGCUGAGGGCGGCACUAUCCCGGGAUAGGCUGAACCGUACUUCAUCUCGCCCCCUUCCCUGGGUCUUGCAGGUGGGCAGGGGAGAGGAGGAAUUUUUCUAUGCCAGGAGGAGGUUCGGCCAGCUGGGCUCUCCUUCUCCCCGCAGGAGGUCACUGGAGGCGCGGACUCUUUCCUAGGCUCCGGGGGCCAAGACCAUGAGGCUGAGGCGGAAGGCGGAUGCUGCGCUCACCUUGCUCCUGGGCACGGCACUCUGUUUGCUCCUUUACUCGCAGCGGGAGUCAGGGACCCCCGCGGUCGGCCUGGCCAGCGCCCGGGACAGGAUGGCCACCGUCCCAGCCCCACCAGCCUUCCCCACGCGCCCGGCCUGGGGGCCAGAGGUGGCCCGCGCCUUCCCAGCUGCCGGGGCUGUGCUCCCCGUCUAUGAGGCGGACACACCGGAGCCCCCGACGCCCUCGGGGCCCUUCGACUUCCGGCGCUACCUGCAGGCCAAGGACAAGAGGCGCUUUCCGCUCCUGAUCAAUCAGCCGCAGAAGUGUAGGGGGCUACGGGGCGGGCCGGGGCCGGACUUGCUUAUCGCGGUCAAGUCAGUGGCCGCUGAUUUCGAGCGCAGGGAGGUUGUGCGCAAGACGUGGGGCGCCGAGGGCGACGUGCACAGGGCGCGGGUACGCCGGGUCUUCCUGUUGGGCAUGCCACGGAGCGCGGCGGGGGUCGGGGCGCAGGCCCAGGAGAAUUUGCUGCGGGCAGAGGGGCGCGCCUAUGGGGACAUCCUGCUCUGGGCCUUCGACGACACCUUCUUCAACUUGACCCUGAAGGAGAUCCACUUCCUGGACUGGGCAACCGCCUUCUGCCCCGACGCACGCUUCGUCUUCAAGGGCGACGACGACGUGUUCGUGCACGUGGAGAAUCUGCUGGAGUUCGUGGCGACGCGGGACCCGGCCCAGGACCUGCUGGCUGGAGACGUGAUCCUGCAGGCGCGGCCCAUCCGCGCUCGGGACAGCAAAUACUACAUCCCUGAGGGCGUGUACGGACUGGGCGCCUAUCCGGCCUACGCAGGGGGCGGCGGCUUCGUGCUGUCUGGAGCCACGCUCAGGAGAUUGGCUGCCGCCUGCGCCCAGGUGGAGCUCUUCCCCAUCGACGACGUCUUCCUGGGCAUGUGCCUGCAGCGCCUCCGCCUGGCGCCCGAGCCGCACCAGGCUUUCCGCACCUUCGGCAUAGCGCGGCCCUCCGCAGCCCCGCACCUGCGCACCUUCGACCCCUGCUUCUACCGGGAGCUCGUGCUGGUGCACGGCCUCUCAGCCGCCGACAUCUGGCUCAUGUGGCAGAUGCUGCACGCCGUGCCAGGGCCCGACUGCGCCCGAGUCCGCACUGCCCCGAAGCCCUUCCGCUGGGGCUCCUAGCCACGGAGCCACCCGCGUGGGACCUGAGGAGGGAGGGGCAAAGUGGGAACAGAACUGGGGAUCCGAACCCGGCCCGCCGCGCCGCCCAGUUCAGAGCCUUGUCUCUGCCUGUCGGUAACACGCUCCCCUUUAAGCCUCCGGUGCUGAGGUGCUCGCAGGGCAGAGCAAGGAGCUCCCCUUCAUUGCGGACCCCCAUUCCAUUCCCAGCAGGCAGAAGAGCUCAAGCAUCUUCGAGGCUCCGGGACAGGGAGAUGCAGCCGAUUGCGCAAUGGUCUGCCUCUCAAGGCCUGGACAGCAGUUGGCCCCACAUCCAUUAUCCCAGUCUAGGCCCUGGGCCAGUCAUGAAGAAUAGAAUGAACCCAGGCCAGCUUCUGGUGCCCAGAGCCAGGAAUCGCAGCUGUGCUUUCUGAGUUUGCGCAGAUCCACUCCUCCUGCCCUCUUCUCUUAAGGGAAGGAGGGCUGGCGCAGUCUUUCCAUACUCCAGCUCCCUUUUGGGCCUCCCUUUACCUCCUCCAUCAUCCCCACCCAGGUCAGUGUCCAGCAGUGGAAGAAUGCAGGCUGCUCGUCAGGAGUGUUUAGAUGGAUGUGGCUCUGCACACUGGGAUGUGUAUGUGAAGGUAGAGGUCCCUCAGCUUCCAGCCCUAACCCCUCUCCGUCCCUGGCACCUACCCCAGUGCCUGGCAUGGGUGUAGUUGAAAUGCUUAAUGAGAGCCUCUUGAUUGGCUGCCAAUCCCCAAACCCUUGAAUGGGCUUUGAAAUAAACUAACCCACUUGUCCUCCCCUCUGAGGGGGGCUAACCUAACCCGCCUGCCUCCAGGAUUGUUCCUAGAGGAUAGGCUAGUUCAGCCAACUUUCAGUGUCUGGAAGAACGAGGACCAAGUAAUGGGGACUGUAAGAGCACCAUAGAUUUGGGCCUGAAAGGUCAUCGGGGCCAGGCCCUUCAAGGGGAGGAAAGAGGAUCCAAGAGGUUGGCCUCGCCCUGGAAGUGUGGUGGGGAGUCAUUUAUUUCUCUCAUGUGUGCCGUGAGCCAGCUGGUUCUCAGCGAUCCCUUCUAGCUCUGUGGCUCAGUUUUAGGUUUUCUCCAGCAGCAGCAUUCUUUGAUUCAAAGAGCUUGCCCCAGAUCUCUCCCCAUCCUCAACCUUCCUUUAUUUUAGGGAAGGCGCUGUCUACUCCCACUCUAUUCCCAGCCGCAUCAUUCCAACCCUGCCCACCCCAACCAGGGUCUCGCACAAAGUAGUCAUUUAGUCACUUUAUUGGAUAUUGUCCCGGACUAAGAGGAUAGUGGGGAAAUGACCUGCCCAAGGCAAACCAGCUUGGGAGAGUUAAUGGCAGAACCCUGGUCUACUAGGCCUGAUAGGUGGGAGCAAGAUUAGUUGUGAGUGCUACUGACUGAAAAGUCAGCGGGGAUAUGGGCUCCUGCACAGUCACUGUGACCAAGGUAGGCUCUAGCUUCUGGGGGAGGAGGCUGGCCCAGGACAGUCAUUUACUAGUUAUAAAAGGAGGCAAAGAAGGGUUGGGGGAUUGGGGGGGGGGACUGAUUUCGGGGGUCUCUUCCUUCUUGGCCUGAGACAGAGGCUUGGCCUGAGGCCUAACACACAGGCUCUGUGUGAGAAGCUGGGGGGUCAGAGGAGUCAGUCUACAGCAAGCAGACAAGCUUUUUGUUUUGUUUUUUAAAGUCUUACCUUCUGUCUUAGAAUCAAUAUUGCCUAUUGGUUUCAAGGCAAAAAGGGAUAAGGGCUAGGCAAUGGGGAUCAAGUGACUUGCCCAGGGUCACAUAGCUAGCAAGUGUCUGAGGCCACAUUUGAACCCAGGACCUCCCAUCUCCAGGCCUGGCUCUCCAUCCACUGAGCCACCCAGUUGCUCCCCAAGCAGACAAGUUUUUGGGGGACUCCGGGCACCUAUCCAGGCCCAACCUGGUGAUAAGGUAACACAAUAGAGAAACACAGGCAAAUGCCACAGUUAAAGAGACAAGGAAAGUCCCUUGAAAAAGAUGACUCACACCUGUGGCGGCCUUACAUGGGCUGGGACGGUGGAGGUGGCCACCGACCUGCCUGCAUCUGAAGACAUGGCAGCUGCUUCCAUCGCUCCGGCCCAGGGAGGGGUGGCAGGAAUCCCUCUUUGCCCAGCCCAAAUGAGCUAAGUUUCUGGCAGGUCCAAGAUAUGUCCUCCCAAGUGAAGGGCUCCCAGAGACCACUGACUGCACACCCGGAAAGUCACCAAAAGGACAUGCCCAAAAAGCAAUCACACCCAGUCACUGUGCUGGACUCCAACCAGUGCCCAAGAGCCGAGUGCCAAUUUAUUAGCCUUUCAGGACACAUGCACCUCUGGGGAAUGUACAGGGGCCACAGAACAAAGGCGGCUAGAAGGCAAGGAAGGGCGGCGGGGCAGGCUGAGGACAGGUGGGGAAGCAGGCAAGGGGGCCAGCUUGGAGACGGGCAGCUCCUAACAGUCCUUUCUUUCCUUAGCCCUUGGUUUCAGUCAGACAGUCUAAAAGGCCGCAGCCCACGGGAAGACAGUUUGGUAACAAGGAUCCCAUACACAUACACACACACACACAACACACAGCACACGCGCAGCAUUGUUCUUGCUCCUCCUGGUCCUGGAUCCAAAAACAAUAGGUACCAGGCUUCUUUCUCAUUCAUCAGUAAACUAUUCAGGAUGAUACUGUACAUGAGUUAAAGUUACAAAAAUGUCUUAUUUACAAAAAUCUGUACACACAUUUGAAAAACCUCACAAAAUUGUUGUCUAUGUAUCACAAGUUGCUACAUCAAAAUAUUAAAAAUGGGAUAAAAUUAUA